CGCAUGCCGCAUGCCGUCAGCCCGACCAGUCAGUCCGACUCGACAGUAAAGUUGUCCGCCUCACGCGCGGCGCGCGCGCUCCUAUCUUUUUCAUUUUCUUCGUCUCCACACAUUUUUGUAAUCUAGUCAAAAUGUAGGUUAGUGCUAAAGUGAUAUUAAAAUAGUGCAAAGCCAGUGUAUUAAAAAGUGUCUUAAUUCAAUAAUCGCUACAUGCUACGGUCCAAAGAACAAUGCUGUGGGAAAAAAUAACGUUCAGCUGGCAUCGGCACUCGUUCCCAGCUACCUACCUACCUCUCUCCCCCCGCGAACCGGGUACCGGGUUCAAUGCGCCUCUGCAUUUAUUCAUCGUUUGUGGGAAAAAUUGACCCCCGUUUUUAAAUUUUUAUUGUUAACGAAUUCACACGAUUUCGUUGUAGACUACCGCAUCUUAGAUAGCAUCUUUCGAGUUUUUUGUUUUUAUAAAUCUGUAACUGGACCUUUUUAAAUGAACCCCAUGAAUCAAGUGACAUUAAAAGUUCUUAGUUAAUUACAAAGUGAUUAGUUAAUUAGACAAGAGGAAAACAAAAUUAAAUUCACGAACAAGACAUCAAGGUUGCUUCAUUCCUCGGAACUGUAUUGUUUGUUCCGUGCUUUGCCAUGUUUGUCAAGUUUCAACUUCGUAGAAGUUAUCUCAUUGUGCAACGAGUGGGAUUCAUCUGCCUUACAAGAAUAUCAGUGUAGACGUGAAUGUGGUAAAGGGUCGUUAUGAAAAUUAAAUUUAUUUCUGUGAUUGUGUUAAACGAAAGACGGCACUGUGAAGUGGUUAUGUGAGUGAUUGAAGUGAAUGAAGAAUAGUAUUACCUGAUUUUAAAUAAAAUUAGGUAAACAUGGGCAAUCAGGGCUCGUCUCCGCACGAACCGCUGGAUCAUGUCCAAGCGCCGAAUCCUGAUUUAAAGAUGAAAUCGUCAGUCCGCAGCUCGUUGAGGCGGGCGCGUGCGGGCGCCGCGCUGUCGCCGCCGCGCGCCGGCAUGGAGCGCCUGCGUCGCUCGUUCCGCGAGUCGUUCCGCCGCCGCAAGGGCUCGCCGCCCGAGUCGGCGCGCCCGCACCAGUGGCACGCGGACGAGGCGGCCGUGCGCGCGGGCACGUGCACCUUCCCCGUCAAGUACCUCGGCUGCGUCGAGGUGUUCGAGUCGCGGGGCAUGCAAGUCUGCGAGGAGGCGCUUAAGGUCCUUCGAAAUUCGCGUCGGCGUCCGGUCCGAGCGGUGUUACACGUAAGCGGCGAUGGUCUGCGUGUGGUCGAAGAGGAAACCAAGGGGCUCAUUGUAGAUCAGACCAUUGAAAAAGUGUCCUUCUGCGCUCCAGACAGAAAUCAUGAAAGGGGAUUCAGCUACAUCUGCCGCGACGGCACGACCCGUCGCUGGAUGUGCCACGGGUUCCUGGCGUCGCGCGACUCGGGCGAGCGGCUGUCGCACGCGGUGGGCUGCGCGUUCGCGGCCUGCCUCGAGCGCAAGCAGCGCCGCGACAAGGAGUGCGCCGUCUCUAUGAGCAUCGACGCCGCUAGUCACGCGUUCACGAGACAGGGGUCCUUCCGGAAAUCGGUGAUAGGUCGGCGCGUAUCAGAAGCUGACGUGGAGCUGCCGGUAGCACCGCACGUAGCCCCCGCGCCCCCGGGCCCCCCGCCGGCCUCCGCCCCCGCCACGGGGCCCCGCGCCACGCCGCACAACCCCUUCGCGGUGGAGCGCCCGCACGCCGCGCCGCACCUGCUCGAGCGGCAGGGCUCCUUUAGGGGCUUCGCGCAUCUUAACAACAAUUCGCCAUUCAAACGGCAGAUGUCGCUCCGCAUAAGCGAGUUGCCGUCGAACGUGGAGCGACAGCGAAUGGGGCUGGGCUCACCGCAAAGCGCUCUGCCCGCACUGCCCACACAGCCCGCUGUGCCCGCACUGCCCGCUCUGCCCGCUCUGCCAGCUCUGCCCGCGGUUCCCGCUUUGCCCGCCACUCCGCCCGUGCCUGCCUUGCCCUCAUCCGCGAAUACACAGCGUUCUGAUGACGUUAUCGAGGAGGCAGUUGCCCCAGACCCGGUGGCGGAGAUGUGCCAGCAGCUAUCGCUGGGUCUGCGCGCACUGGCCGAGGAGCCGGUACCGGCGGCGGGCGGCCUGCCGCACCCCGAGGCGUGGCUGGGGCGAGUGGCUCGAGCCCCGCCUCUAGCCGCCGCGCCCCGCGCUGCGUCGUUCGCCGGGCACGCCGCCACCAACCCGUUCCUGGCGCCGGCGCUCGACUGACCCGCGGCCCCGCCCCCGCCCGCGCUCAUCGACUGGAGCCCCUCCCCGCGCGCCUCCCCCGAGCCCACCUGGCCCCCCGAACGUACAGUCCCGGCUCUUGAAUGGCGCCCCUUGCCCGCUCUCGACGAACGCGCCGCCCCGACUUCGGAUGAACCCCCAGCGAUAGACUGGCGCCCUAACACGACUAUAGAAGAUCCUGUCGCCCGGCGCCCCCCGCCCGCUCUCCCCUGGCGCCCCAAACCCGCGCUUGAGUGGUACCCCGCGCCGGCAAAUGAGUGAUCUCACUCAGGCACGAGAGUGUCGCCCGAUCACACAAUUGACCGUGAUUAUUAAACCCACCGCAAAUAAACCAAGUUUCGAUGUAUAUCUAAUUGCAAAAUCACUUGGUUUUUAGGUAGGUGGGUUGCUAUGCUGAAAUGAUAACAAUUAUCAUUGAUAGAACAAAAUGUAUGUGUGUUCCAAAUGUUUUACUGUUAUGGCGACACUCUAUUUCUUAUAACGUUUGCGGGUGGGGUUAUAUUUGAUGUUCGUAAACCGAUCAUGUACGUAAACUGAUCUGAAAUCGAAAACGUUUGAAUUACAUACUUAAACUUACUUUUGAAAUUGCCGAAAAAGUUAGCAAACUGCCGAAAAGCUAAGAUCGAGUCAUUGGUAAAAAAUAUUUAAGAAAUAAUAAUAAUCACCACUAAAAAGCUAGCCAUUGCCUUCGCUGAAUGUUUUAUUGCGUCAUAUAUAAAAAAAAAUAAGGUGAUUAGAAUUAUAUACUGUUUCGCAUUGAAUUAAAGAAAAACGAAAAUUUAAGCAGCGAACUAAUAAUAUUCAGUGUAGUAUUGCACAAGUCGUAAAUAUUAUUGACGAAGUCUGAGCUAAUUUCGUGUACUUAAAGAGAUAAAUCUACAUGAAUCAAAAAAUAAAUUCUCGUGUAGGUUUCUUUCAUCAAGUUCAGAUUAAUGUAUUAAGACCGCCAAUUAUUGUGAUUUUUUUUAACUAAAAAUAUAAUAUAAUUGUUCCUACAAUGACAGUAAUGACUGAGUUCCGAAAGAAUAACUUACGUCUGUUGAUAUUUUUUUUUAUAUUCAGCUUAUUUUUAUAUAAUGUACGUAAUUAGUCUUAAUCUUUGAGCGCUUGAAACGUUCGCUUCAAUGCGAUCUUAACGACUUAAUUCUUAAUUGUACUUAUUUUUUCUAAUACUUUACGGUAAUUGUAUCAAAUUAAUAAAUGUUUAUUGGACGUUCGACGUUGUUAUAUUAUAUAAAUGUUUUGAAGUUAAACUAGGACGCUUAUAGAUUCGUAGACCACGUUCGAGCACAGUAAUUAUAUUCCUAAUGUUUGACGUAAGCUCAGUAUCCGCUUCAAUACGUAAUCAUUCGUAGUGACGACUAACGUCACGGCGUGGUUUCCCCAGUGAAGGAAAACGGAGAAUUGCACUCCCAGUGUGAGUAAGAUAUAUGAGAAUUUGUUAUCAUGUGCCAGAUUCUAAAUGUCUAUUAAUUUAUAGAGAGAACAAAGUAAUUAUACACUUAUGGAUGUUGUACUUAACUGUUGAAACGCACCUUGCUUAAGCUCUGCACACUAGUUCUUGUAUAUUAUGUUAGAAUAAGAGUUUCUGCGAAACAUUCGUCCAUGGACAGUAUUAAAAUAGGUCCGAUCGCAUUGUCUUUACACAGUGUGGAACAAACAAAAUACAGUAUUUUAUCUUAAAGAACUGUGUGCUUUGUAAAAUAGGAUUUUUGGAUAUAUUUUCCCUUCUUUGUAUAUAAUUGUAAAUUUGUAGAUUAUUGACUUUAACACCGUUUCUGAAUCUUUGUUUACGUGUAUUUUUUAUGAGGGGUUAUUUUUAAAUAGAUAAUUUACCUUUUAAGUCGAACAAAACUGUAAUAAUAUUAUGUUCAAUUUGUUUAAAGAAUGGUGUAAGUUUAGUGUGAUUUAUUUUUAAUGUUGAUUUGUUUUCCACGUUCUUUUUUUCUUCAGAUUUCUCUGUUACUUUUAUUUAAAUAGAAUCGGUUUCUAAGAAAAAGUCGAUACAUUUGUUAUAAAAUUUUUGUUUUCGUAAUUAACAACUUGGGGUUGCAGUGUAACAGGGUUUUUUUGAAAACAAGUUUUGUUUUGCGAUAGAACCUAGUUGGUCUAUUUCAAAGAAGGCACAAUUACUUUGCACAAUUAUUGUUGUAUUUUUACAUUCCGUAUAUAAUUUUUUCGUCAAAAUAUAACCGACUAACGCAUAUCACUCGCGAGCACUGCGUACCUAUUUUUGUACUUAUUGUAAUAGAAAGAAAAAGUUAGUACUUAAUCGAUAAUUCUGAGCACGUCUAUGUAAUUCAACACUUAAUGUCAUUGCACUUGAUGUUUCUAGAAUACACAGCACAUGCACUUAAAGUAACUUUAUUAAAUGCCGAAUAAUGGGUAUCACGGAAUUGUUAUAAAAUUAGUAUUAUAAAUAAUUUAUUUUCGUAGUUCAAUUUAUUCCUACAAUCAUUGAAAUAAAGUUUUUACGGUAAGCCUUGAGACAUUUAAUUUCUCUCAAUACAUAAGAAUUACUUUCGGACAAUUUCAGCAGGACUGAAAGAGGGAUCAAUAAAAACCUGAUUAUCGUUUCAAGGUUUCCUUAUACCGUAUUCCAAUAGGUUCAGAAUUCUUAAUAUAUCCAAAGUUUGAAAAUUCCAACGGUAGUGCUGAACAAUGUUAGUUCUUUAUAAAAAAAAUUGCUCACUUCCAUGUAUAAUUUGAAGUUAUCUGUUUCCGUCUUAAUAUCGUAAGUGUCAUUAUGUACUCGUGUUGGUCUUGCAAAGAUGAACAUCAUUUUUGAAUAAAAAUAAA